AUGGCCUCAAAAAUUUUAAAAUUUUCCGGGCAUAAUUAUUUUAGACAAAGAUUGGUUCUCGCUACAUUAAGUGGGAAAACUGUUAAAAUUAAUAAAAUUCGUUCAGACGAUAAUGAUCCUGGAAUAAAAG